AUGAGUCAUUCGUCGUUAAAUCAAUCUCACGCCGCCUCGGCAGCCGUCGAUGAUUUGUCAGCAUCUAUCGACGCCCUGCCCCCUCGACGUGGUCAAGAUCUGUUCGGCGCGGGCGGUAUUCCCAUCGGACGACCUGGACCUGUUGGCCACCAACACAGCCGCACCAAAAGCAAGACGGACUUUCUGGAUUUGGCCGACUCGUCAACCCGCCUCGGCACAUCCCCUGAAUUGAACUCCCGGUUGGAGCAAAAACGAGCCGAACACGAAUUACAGCGGGCCGAGCAGAAGCGCGCCUUCGCGGCACAGAUGCGUGCCUUGGAAGCUCAACAUGAGUCUGAAGAACGAGAGCUCCUUGGCGCAGCUGCCUCGGCUCCUACCACCCCGCCUCGGUCUGAGAGUGAGGUUGAUCAUAUCCUCCUCGGCGUAUCGGAUGCUCACCGCUCGCAACUCAUCAACGACUCCGGAAAAUACGGUAACAUUGGACUCCCAAAAGGCUCUUUCCGAGAAUACGCCAAUAACUCCAAGAGCGUUCCUGCUAGCCGUCGCCACUCCGGCCAAGAUCAGGACACUUUGGGAUUGGACAAGUUAAAUUUGGGCAUCAACCCGGCGUCCCUAGCGUCUCAUGUCCCUAACGGUCACGGUCGUGUCCACAAAGGUGGACCUGGUACGAAUGACGGGACCUCCGUUACCUCGUUCCUCUUUGAUGACGAAUUGGAGACUGAUUUGCACCAAAAUACAUUCGGAGGCAAAUAUUUGCAGAUGAACACCGAUGACGACAAAUUUCCCAUCUUGGUGCGACGUGACAGCUUUCCAGGACUGCUUUCCGCUUCAUCCGCUGCGCUGGACUUGGCACCCCUAGCCCAGACACCCCCUCGACACUCCAACCUGACUCGUCCGAUUCCAACGUCCCGUGGAACCGACUGGUCGCCAUUUGACUCCCCGAACCACUAUCGUCCCCUCACCCAUUCACAGGAGUCACGUGAGGUUGAACGCGGUCGCCUUGCUGCCAAGCCUCAGUCAUCCACGUCGGUCUCAUUCCACAAGGAUGCCCGCAGCUCCCCCGCAUCCGACCGGGCUGCUUCUCCGCAUGUCUCUCGUGUCGCUCACAUCAGCGGUGGGAUUGUCAAUCGAUCUGCUUUGGCGGUCAGCAGGAAUUCGACUGGCGUCAGCGCCGGUCCCAAUGGUUCAUCGCAUUCUACCUCCCAAGUUAUCGCCAACGGCUCGCUAUCAACCUCGCCAAAACAGGAGAAGAAAAACAGCUCCUUGUUUCCUCCUUCACCAGUCGAUAUUCGUGCGGCGUUGAACAAAGGAUUCUCUGCCAGUGACUUGAAUGCCAUGAGGUCCCCUCUUCCGAUUGGCUCCGCUGUUUCAGACAGUGGUCACUUUGGUUCCGGGUCCUUCGCUGUGAAUGGCGGUAGCGCCAUUGAUCCCAAUCUCAACAAGUUUCGAUCCGGUCCUUUGAAAAGUGCCAAUGCCACCACACUUUCCUUUGGCUUUGACGCCGCCGAUAGCUUUGAUAACGGUCUGAAUGGCUCUCUGUCCGCAAGCAAAGCUAGAAGAGACCCAGAAACCAACCGCUUUGCCAACAUACGCUUGGAAGACAUGCAAGGGGACAUGUUUGGGCUCUGUAAGGAUCAACACGGAUGCCGCUUUCUCCAGAAGAAACUUGAGGAGGGAGACCCCAGCCACCGUGACAUGAUAUUCGCAGAGAUUUAUCCACACUUUGGAGAACUCAUGACAGACGCCUUCGGCAACUACCUUUCACAAAAGUUGUUGGAAUACAGUACGGACGACCAGCGGGAUCUACUCAUUGAGUCCAUUAGUGGAGAGCUGGUUUCUAUUUCCCUCAACAUGCACGGCACUCGUGCUGCCCAAAAGAUGAUCGACUUUCUGUCAACCCAACGCCAAGUCCAGAGUCUCAUCGUCGCCCUGAACCUCAAUGUAGUCACUCUCAUCAAAGAUCUCAAUGGGAACCACGUCAUUCAAAAAUGUCUUAACCAUCUACCACCGGAAGACAAUCAAUUCAUUUACAACGCGGUUGCGGCUAAUUGUAUCGAAGUGGCCACCCACCGCCACGGCUGUUGUGUUUUGCAACGAUGCAUCGACCAUGCCUCUGAAUCUCAACGGAUCCAACUUGUGACCGAGAUCACUUACAACUCGUUGACACUCGUUCAAGAUCCAUUUGGUAACUACGUUGUCCAGUACGUCUUGGACUUGAAUGACAGCCGAUUCAUCGAAGCGAUUGUUAGGCAAUUUUUGGGCAACGUCUGCGCACUCUCCAUGCAAAAAUUUAGUAGCAAUGUCGUCGAGAAGUGCAUCCGUGUCUCGGAUCUGUCUGCCAGGCGUGCCUUGGUGGAAGAACUCUCCGGUCGCCAACAGCUUGAGCGCCUCCUCCGCGACAGUUUUGCAAAUUAUGUCGUACAAACGGCGCUGGACUAUUCGGAGCCCCAACAGCGUGCGGCGCUUGUUGACAACAUUCGCCCCAUAUUGCCUCUAAUCCGCAACACCCCCUACGGCAAACGCAUUCAAAGCAAGAUCCAACGUGAAAAUCUGGACCCUCUUCGCACUGGAGGGGCCUUUCAACCUUCCAUCAUGUCCCCCGGCUAUUUUCUCAGCUCGCCCCAUCUUGCUGGAAACGCAACCCACAUGCCUCAUCAUGUCCACAGUCUUAUCGAAGGACAUCGCGGCUCGCAUGGACCCACGUUCAUAACCAGUGCACCAGGCACCACUGCCACGGCACACCCCCUCUUGACGACUCAUCAUCACUUGUCUCAAAGUCAGCUCGGCUCGCCCGGCUUCGCAGCGCCUUGGUCCGCCACUAGCUCCAACGGUCCAAUGCACAUGAAUUACCCCGGCAUGGCUCUCAAUCACGAUCAUCGGGCCAGCGAAUACGCCCCAUUCAUGUAA